AUUGAUUAGAAUUUCAAUCUCUCUACAUUUCUUCCUCAUGCUUCUCUCUCUCUUUUUUUUUUUGGUCGAAAAGACACUCUGACAUUCACAAAAGGGAGGAUGUCUGAGCUCUUGGCGCCGAAAACCAAGCACAUUAGAUUUUUUUUCACCUUUAGCGUACGCUUUUACCCUUUAUGUUUCCUUUUUCUCUUCUUUUUUCCCCAUUUUCGCUAAUCCAAUAAUGGCGGAACCAAAAGAUCCUGCAAUAAAGUUGUUUGGCAAAACCAUUCCUUUGCAAGAUACUCCUUACGGUGAUGACAAUGCUGAUGAUGAAGAUGACGAUUCCAAUAAGCUUCUUAAUCAACAACCUCUUUUUCCUCCAACAAUUUCAGAAAAUAAUUUAAUUCUUAAUUACAAAGAAAAUGAUAUAGUUGACCCAGAUGAACAAGAAGUUGUAGUCUCACCUGAAAAUUCAGAUAAGACCGCUAACCAAGAUGCAUCUUUAGGGGAACCUGAUAUUUCUGAAGCUUUGUCGGGUUUUAAUGAAAGAGCGACAUGGAAAUCAUCGAAGUUAGAAGAAAAGUCUGAGACAGGUGCUUCUCAAGAUAAGAAUCCUAAGAAGCCUGAUAAAAUACUCCCGUGUCCGCGGUGUAAGAGCAUGGACACGAAGUUCUGUUACUACAACAAUUACAAUGUCAACCAGCCUAGACACUUUUGCAAAAACUGCCAAAGAUAUUGGACUUCUGGUGGUACAAUGAGGAAUGUCCCUGUUGGUGCUGGGCGUCGCAAGAGCAAGAAUUUGAUGUAUCAUUAUCGUCAUAUCACCAUUCCUGAAGCACUCCACAACGCUCGUUCUGAUAUUCCUGAUGAGGUUCACCCUACUUUGCCGAUUAAUGGCACAGUACGCACUUGCAACAUGGAUGUAUCUCUCUGUGAGUCUAUGUCGUCAAUAUUGAACCCCGCAGAAAAGUCAUCAAGGAAUUGUCAACCUAACGACAUUGAUGGAUCAAAUUCAAAGGACGAAGCUAGCCAAUCGUCUGUAAAAGAAGCAAUGUCAGCAGGUCUGAAUUGUAUUCCCUUUCCAAAUCAAAUUCCAUGCUACCCUGGUUCACCUUGGCCUUAUCCUUGGAACUCUAAUCAAUGGAACCCGCCUGUAGCAGCACCACCCUUUUGCCCGAAUGGCUUCACUAUGCCUUUGUAUCCUACACCUUCGUAUUGGGGAUGUACUGUACCAGGAACUUGGAAUGUUCCGUGGAUUACUCAAUCAUCUCCUACAAGUGCUUCAAACCCAAGCUCUAGCCCAAACUCUUGUAUAGGAAAGCAUUCAAGGGACGGGAAUGUUUUAUGUUCAGCUCACUCCGAGGAGAGCAAUUCCGAGCAGUCUCCUUGGUUUCCAAAGACUUUGAGGUUUCACAAUCCAGGAGAAGUCGCGAAGAGCUCAGUUUGGACAACCCUUGGGAUUAACCAUAAUGAGAAAUUUGAUUCCAUAAGACGCGGAUCAGGACUUUUUAAAGGAUUCCAAACAAAGCACAUUGAAGGGAAUUCGCAAGUUGAUACCUCCGCUGUACUGGAAGCAAAUCCAACAACCUUGUCUAUGUCUCAGAAUUUUCAGGAAAACUCAUGAGUAGCCGGUUUUCCACCAGAUGAUCGAAGAUUUUCUCGAUCAUUGCGGGUGUAGUUAUGGAAUUCCAGCGAAGAAGAGGCAAGGUAUACAUAUGAUAUUUGUCACUUCUGACCAUCUCUUUGUGAUAAAUUAGCAAAAUGUUGAACUAUUUUGCUAGCUAAGACAGAAGAUGAUUUACUAGCUAGCUUAUUCCCUUAUGAUCCUCUGAUGUUUUUGCUGUGGUCUGUUUUCUAAGAUUUGAUUUAAUGUAAAUAUAGAUGCAUAUUGCAUAACUAAAUAUAGUAAUUUUGUUGGCAUGGUAUACAUAUGUAGUGUACCUAAAUUAGUUGUAAUAUAUGUCAAUUUUGCUCUAUUGUGAGCAAUGCAAGGCUCACCUAAAGUAGUAAAAUAUUAGCUAUUAGAGAUACCAUCUCUCUACUGAGAGAUGACCUCGAACAUGCAAGGAGCCUAUAUUGUAGCUUAUGUUUUCAAUGGUUUAUGUACAAAGUAUAUGUUUUUAAAAAAUUACUUGUACGUACGCUUGAUUUAAUUCUA